CCCUACGAGUCGCUGGCUCGCUGCCCCCAGGCUGUCCAUUCCCCUCACUGAGCACAGCCGCCAGCGGGCUGACCUCCAUUGCUCGCCCCCCUACCUUCACUGCUCACAUUGAAGGCUCCCUUUAUCUCUCCCCCAACAAAACAAAUGGAUUCGGGCGAGUCUUCUGGUUCGUGCGCCGCCACCGGUAGCGCCUCUUCGCGGAGAUCCACCGGACGCAUCGCCGGCGCAUCUUUGCGGAGGUCCAGCCGCGGUGGCCCAUCUCGCCGGGCUUGCUCUGCACCCGGUCGAUUGCCAGAUUGGGGGCAUCCGUUGGUCAUGGGAUGGCCUGAAUCAUUGGACAAGCAUUUGGUGGAGGGGUGUUUGAAAGUGGUUCAGGAUGGAAUAUAUGUAACAGAAUACACGGGCUUGUUUUAUGUGGAAGUUGCAAAAUACAUCUGGGCACAAACCAGUAUGUCUAUCUCAAGGACUGAUCUGAAAGCAAGGUUUGAAUACUUCAAAGGAUUGUGGGGACGGUACCACAAGUUAACGCGGGAGUUGGCAAGAUCGCCGGCGGGUACCUCAAAUGAACAUAUAAAAAAAGAACUUGAAUCGGAUAAAUACAAACGUAUGUUGCAAUUUGAGGAUCAGCUCGCUGUGAUAUUUAUAGCAUGUGAUGAGUAUAAGUCAAAACCAAUAGCUGCGUACCGCACCAAUAUUAAAUGUGGGAACUUCAGUAGUACAAGUAGUGGGAAGCGCAGAACUGAUGAGGAGUCCUCCCGCCAAGUUCGGCAGAAGAGCUCAGAAGUUCAUAUGCCUCAGUCAUCACAAGAUGGCAUGACCCGUUUGGAUAACCACAAGCUGAAGCAACAGAUUCAGCCAAAGGGUGUGAACUCAUCCUGGUCCACUGACACCGAUCAGCAGUCGGAGAACCACAGGAGUAUGUCAAGGGGGUCAGCUUCAGCGGCGGUGAUGAGAGAGCAAAAGUAUGAACAGCCCACUGACUAUAUUUCUGCACUGACGAAUUUGGAUGAACAUCGGUGUUCAGCAAGUUAUUUCUUUUUUUAUUCACUUGCGCUGAGGGACCCUGUUGCUCUGAGCGGUUUUAUAGCUAAGAAGACCUAUUCCAGUAGGAGAAAAUACCUCAAUCACUUGCUAGACCACCAUUUUGUGACGCUGGAACCAGAUAAAAUGAAUCGCUGGCAUGAGCUACGUGUUCGUGAGCUAGAUGCUCCUGUUGCUCCUGUUGACCAUGCAUGCCCUAGAGACUCAGCCUGAUGGCGCUGCCGGUUCUGUCUGUAGUUUGGAGUCGCAGUCGCUUGUCUACUUUCUACUAAUUCUAGAUCUUGUGAACUUAAGACAUUGUGCUAGUCAUGCUGGAUGCUUGGUGUUGUAAACUUUAGACAUUGUGUUGCUGUUUUAAUUACUAAUGGAUCAAUGUUGUGAACUUAAGACA